AUGAAGGUCGGGGAGUCAAUUUCAGACUACUUUGGGAGAGUUAUGAAUGUCAACAAUGACAUGAGAAAUUGCGGCGAGGAUCUGAAAGAUGUUAAAAUCAUUGAGAAGAUUUUGCGUACAUUGUCAAAAAACUACAAUUUUGUGGUUUGCUCCAUUGAGGAAUCUAAGGACAUCGACCAGCUUUCAGUCGAUGAACUUCAAAGCUCUCUUUUGAUGCAUGAACUAAAAGUACGAAACAAAGAGACGGAGGAACAUGUCCUAAAGGCUGAACAUGAAUACCGAGGAGGACGAGGAAGAGGUAGAAGCAGCUAUGGGAGAGAAGGAGACAACUAUGGUCGAGGACAGUUCGGAACGUUCAGUCGGUCCAUAGUUGAAUGCUAUAGAUGUCAUAAGUUAGGGCGUUACCAAUUUGAGUGUCCCAUUACAGAACGGGGAGCAAAUUAUGCAAAACUCAACGAAGAAAAAGAAUUGCUUUUGAUGGCAUGUGUAAAUAUGGAAGAUACUGAAAAAGAAGGUACGUGGUUUCUUGAGUCCGGCUGUUCCAACCACAUGAUCGGGAGUCGAAAGUGGUUUGUAUGUAUGGAUGAAUCUUUCAGACAUACUAUGAAGCUAGGAAACAAUCACAUGAUGCCUGCAAUGGGGAAAGGAAAUGUUCGAUUCGAAGUUGAUGAGAUUGUGCAAACAGUAACAUAUGUGUUUUAUGUUCCGGAGCUGUCAACUAAUUUGCUAAGCAUGAGUUAG